AGCAGCAGGGUGAUCCCUGCCUAUCACUAUGAUGUCACAGAGAAACUCUUGUGUGUCAGCCAGCCCCGCCCCGACUGGUGUCCUAGCUGUAGGACAUCCUUUCCAUCCUCUCCAGCCCACCUCAUACCACCUCACCCCUCUGCAGGCAAGAGGGGCCUGAUUCAUCUUCACAGUAGAUACUCAUUCUACACGCCAGUUAAAACAGAGCAGAGGAGAAGCUGAAACAUCUUUGACUCAGAACUUCGAAAGUGAAUGAGCAAUCCCUCUCAACUGACUUAAGAUGUUUGUCUCACCCAGAAGAUGGAGCUCCCGAAGGGCUUCUCUGGCCAAUGGACAUUCCUAUCUGCCGUCCUCAACCUGCUAUCACUCAGCCUCUCCACAGCAUCCCUGCUCGGCAACUACUGGUUUGUGGGCACACAGAAGGUGCCCAAGCCCCUGUGCGGAAAAGGUCUGGCAACCAAGUGCCUUGAUGUGCCAAUGCCCUUGGAUGGGGCCGGCAACAACACACCAUCCCAGGAGGUGGUGCAAUACAGCUGGGAGACUGGGGAUGACCACUUCUCCUACCCCACCUUCCACAGUGCCAUGUGGCUAUCCUGUGAGGAAACUGUGGAAGAACCAGGGGAGAGGUGCCGAGGUUCCACUGAACUCACACCACCAGCCAAGAGAGGUGAGAAAGGACUACUGGAAUAUGCCGCGUUGCAAGGCCCACAUCACCCCACUGUCCGAUUUGGAGGGAAGCGGUUAAUGGAGAAGCCCUUCCUCCCCCACCCUCCCUUGGGGCUUGUGGCAAAGAUCCUGUGGUUAUCGCUGGGAGCCCAGUUCGCCUACAUCGGACUUGAACUCAUCAGUGUCCUCCUGCUACUAACGAACUUGCUGUUCCCUGGGAACCCUGGCUGCGGGCUCAAGCUGAGCACCUUCGCCUUCGCAGCUAUUUCCUCCGUCCAGUCAGGCCUUCUGGGGAUGGUGGCCCACAUGAUGUAUUCACAAGUCUUCCAGGCAACCACCAAUUUGGGUCCAGAAGACUGGAGGCCACAUGCUUGGAAUUAUGGCUGGGCCUUCUACACGGCCUGGGUUUCCUUCACCUGCUGCAUGGCAUCAGCUGUCACCACCUCCAACACAUACACCAAGCUGGCGCUGGAGUUCAAGUGCAAGCAUACUGAGAGCUUCCAAGGAAACCUGACUUGCCUGCCGCUUCACCGCCAGUGCUUCCUCCAACAGCCGUCAGACGCAGCCCACCCCGGGGGCCCGUUGCCUGGCUACCACCAGCACCACAAUCAGCCCAUCCGCUCUGUCUCUGAAGGGGUUGACUUCUAUGUGGAGCUACAGAACAAGAGAUUCCAACAAGGCACCAGCCAGGGGUUAAAAGAAGAGCUGGCUGGGUCAUCUGUACAAGAAGAACAGUGUUAGGAGUAAGUGGGCUUGGAGAGCAGGCUGAGCCCAACCUUACAUGUUUGUUAUCAACACGUGAGCAAGCCAAAGUCUGUUGCCUGAGAAUGGUUUUUAGAGGUUAAGAACAAGGGUAUGUUCAAGUAUAAGUUCAAGGGGUGGGGUGGGGCAGGGGACUGGCAGCUGGGUCCCACUGCUCCCUUUCCUCUUAUAGUUCUGUCACCUUUCACCGCCCGCCUUAUCUCACACAGUCACUUCAGUCCUUUACCGAUUGUUAUGUGCCGGCCUCUGCUGCUGAGCAACAGAGAUAAAAUAAGCAGUAAAAUGCAGCUCUCACCAUCUAGGGGCUUACCACUCUGGUCACCUGUCUGGGACCUGGAGAAAUGGAGGUGGGCAGAUCAGCAGUCGGUGACCGUGGCUUGGUUUCCCAGGGUGCACUGGAGUUUCCUGGGAGUCACAGAAGGGGAGACAAAGGUGCUCCUAGGAGCUUUGACAUGUUCAACGGAUGUCCCUCACCCUGUCUAUGACACUUUCUGCAUACACACAGUGGACACCUGAUAAAAGUUUAAUUAAAUAUUAUCCUAGAAGCCAUUAGGAGAUGUACAGAGAUGAAAAGUCUCCCACCACAUGCAGAGACAGGUCCACUUCCAGGAAUGGCCUGCUGAGGCUAUUUGGACAGGACUAUGGCUCCCCAGUGGAGAGCCACACAGAAGACGUCUCCAGGGAACGAGGCCACAGCAUACGUCCCUCUCUGGAUCCCCACCUUCUCAUCCAUCCACAAGGGAAACCAUCCUUCACAGCUAAGAAGAAUGAGAAUGGCACACACGUGUUCCCAUACACAGUAUUUAUUUGUUCUGUAACAAUUCACAUUUUAAAUAGUGCUUCCUGACAAUAUACCAGCUGGCUCUUUAACAUGGGCAAUAAGGAUAGCAAUUCACAUUCAAGGGGUUGGUACCACCAUACCACGCUAGAAGGGAGAGUAGAGACCAUCUGGGGGACGAGGAGGAUGUGGUCUAGGGUAGAGGGGAGGAUCUAUGAGGGAAGAAAAGAGAAGAGAUUGGGAGGAGAAAGACUCCUGCAUUUGCAGAAGUCAUUGCUACUUCUAGGCAGUUGUCACAUGGGCUGUGCUGGCAAAGCCAUGUUGGGAAUGAAGAAAGAAACCUGGGCGGGCGGUUGCCAGUGAGGAAAAGGAAGUUGAGAGAGACAAUGGACAAGAGACCAGCACCUGCGCUGGUCAGAUGGAGCUUCCCCAAGCUUUGCCACCAUUUCCACCCUCUGCACUCACUGCAAGAGGAAGAAGACACCUAGAGCUUGUACUCUGUUUAGCAAAGACAGUCAAAUGUAUCACAGUCAAAAUAAUCCAGGUGAAGUUAGUUUGCAAAUACACCAUGAAAAAUUUAAGGACUUUGUUUUCUUAGCUUCCUCCACGUGUUUCUGGGACUCACCCGGCAUAAAUACAGUCUUCUGCCUGAAACAAUCCCCCCAGAUCAGGUCCUCAGGAAACACCUUCGCAUUUUACUCCUGCCUCAAGUGGCUGCCUUCCCAGAAAGCCUCAACAUGGUGGAGAACCAAGUUUAGGCCUAGAAGGCUUGGCCCAGGCCACAGGACCACCAUCCACGUUUCAGCUAUUCAGUCAACUUAGUCUUGUUGACUGAAUAAAUUAGUCUUCUAGCAGAAUCCUCUGCUAGACUGCACUAGAUCCUAGGCUCUUCUACCCAGGUAGAUGCAAACCCUGGAAGUCCGUCUGGAAUCAUCCCCACACUCCAGGGUAUGCUAUAAAUGGCCCCAAGUUUACAAUAGGUUGACCUACACGUGCCCUCCAAAGUGU